AUGUCCGUGUCUGCUGCUCAGCUGCUUCUUUCCCCGCUCUUCUUAGCCGCUGGCUUGUGGGCGUGGAAGUGGCUCUCAUGGCGCCGCAGAAAUCCUGCUGGUCUUCCUAUGCCCCCAGGUCCCAAAGGCAUGUCUCUCAAGGCGCGGAACUUCGAUCGAGGAUGGUAUCCUAUCAUUGGGAAUGUGCUGGACAUGCCUCAGAAAGCAACCUGGCUCACAUUCCGCGAGUGGGCGAAGCAGUACGGGGACAUCGUCUCGGUCGAUAUUUUGGGUACGAAGGUCGUUAUCAUGAACACGGCGAAGCCAGCAUAUGAUACAUUCGAGAAGCGUGGAGCAAUUUACAGCGAUAGGCCACGGAUGAUCUUCUUGAAGGAGCUAAUGGGCUGGGAUGUCAGUUUCACGGUCAUGGCGUACGGCGAUGACUGGAAGACGCACCGUCGGGUGUUCCACCAACACUUCAACCCAAGCGUAGUCUCGCAGUAUCUUCCCGUACAGAUCAAGCACGCCAGAGCAAUGCUGAGCAGGCUGCUCGAUGAUCCUAAGAGCCUAUACGAACAGUCCAAGUUUGUCACCGCAUCCAUCAUCCUCGACGUGACCUAUGGCAAGUCUAUUGCAGACCCGCAUGACGAGCUGGUGACACGCGCGGAGGAGGUUAUCCAGUAUGUCGCACUCGCAAGCGUACCCGGGUCUUUCUUGGUUGAUUUUUUGCCAAUAAUGAAGUACAUCCCGGAAUGGUUCCCUGGCGCCGGUUUCCAGCGUUGGGCUUCGAAAGGAAGACGUAUGGUAAACGAGAUGAUGGAGGGUCCUUGGGAGACAAUCAAGAAAGAGCUCCGUCUUGGUUCUGCGCAGGUGUGCUUUGCGAGCAAGUUGAUUGAGGAGCUUCCCGACGGUCCAGAGAGGGCGAAUAUGGAGCGUAUAUCGCGCAACGCAGCAGGCGUUACUUACGGAGCUGGGAACGAUUCGACAUCCGCUGCUGUGAGGAGUUGUUUCCUGGCCCUUGCUCUUCAUCCGCAAUUCCAGAAAAAGGCCCAAGAAGAGCUGGAUCGAGUUGUCGGCUCGAGCCGUCUUCCCGACUUUGAGGACAGGAAAAACUUGCCUUAUAUCAACGCUCUAUUGAAAGAGACCAUCCGCUGGACAGGCAUUGCCCCUCUCGGCAACCCACACGCUACCACUGCGGACGACGUCUAUAAUGGCUACUUCAUCCCGAAAGGCACUAUUGUCAUUGGAAACUCUUGGGCCAUGCAGCACAAUGAGGAGGACUAUCCGAACGCAGAUGCCUUCUUACCCGAUCGCUGGAUCAAAGAUGGACAGAUCGACCCCAACGUCAAGGAUCCUAUUGUGGCUUUCGGUUUCGGCAGGCGUCUCUGUCCUGGACGUUUCUUCUCGGAUAACACGCUUUUUGCUGUUAUUUCGAGCGUCCUGCAUGUAUUUAACAUCGUGCAGAGUGUCGAUGAGCAAGGAAAGCCAAUCCCGAUCCACAAUCAGCUCUUCGACUCGGGCUUUUUCAUCUUCCCUGAGCCCUUCCAAGUAACCAUGAAGCCGCGAUCACAGGAGGCUGUGAGACUAGUCCAUGACUCAGCAGAGUGAAGAGUUGGCCUAGCUGGUACCAUUCGUUAGUGUGGCUUUAGAGGGCAGCCAUGAAUCGCUCCAUCGAUUAAUAGAUUCCAUAGAGCCUGCAGUUCGUCUGAGAGUGAAAUAGCGCACGGAGAAGAGUCUGGUUUCGAGAGGUC